UUAACCUUCCCUGGUUUUGCUUACUACAGAGAGCUCAAGGCACGCAAGAAAGUGGUGGAUGUGCUGCAAUCGAUCCUAGACCAGCGCAGAAAUAGAGUCAAACACGAAGAUGAUAGUGGGAAGCAGCAGUUGGGAAAGAAUAAGAAGGUGAACAUGAUGGAUGAAUUGAUGGGCGUGGAAGAUGAGAAUGGCCGGAAGCUUAGAGAUGAAGAGAUCAUCAAUGUUCUGUUGAUGUAUUUGAAUGCUGGCCAUGAAUCCUCUGCUCAUGUCACCAUAUGGGCAACUGUGUUACUCCAUCAGCACCCUGAUUGCCUUUGCAAUGCCAGGGAGGAGUCAGAGGAAGUCGUAAGGCGAAGGCCAGCUCAUCAAAAAGGUGUAUUGACACUCAAGGAAAUACGCCAAAUGGAUUACCUAUCUAAGGUGAUAGAUGAGACACUAAGAUUUAUAACAUUCUCACUCGUUGUAUUUAGAGAAGCGAAAACAGACGUAGAUAUGUGCGGUUAUACGAUUCCCAAGGGUUGGAGGGCACUAGUUUGGUUUUGGGGUGUGCGUUUGGACCCAGAGGUAUACCCAAAUCCAAGAGCAUUUGACCCUUCCAGAUGGGAUAAUAUGACGCCAAAGGCGGGUACUUUCCUUCCAUUUGGAGCAGGAAGCCAUAUGUGCCCUGGAAAUGAUCUUGCCAAGAUCGAAAUCGCUGCUUUUUUACACUAUUUCCUCGUCGGCUAUGAGUCGGAACUCAUGAAUCCAGAGUGUCCAAUGCAGUACUUGCCUCACCCGCGACCGAAAGACAACUGUUUGGCUCGUAUAAAAAAGAUAUCACAACAUGGGUAG